AUGAAGGAGAAGUCGAAAAACGCGGCCCGCACGCGCCGGGAAAAGGAGAACAGUGAGUUUUAUGAACUGGCCAAACUGCUGCCGCUGCCCUCCGCCAUCACCUCCCAGCUGGAUAAAGCCUCGAUCAUCCGGCUCACAACAAGCUACCUGAAGAUGAGAGUGGUCUUUCCCGAAGGCCUGGGGGAGUCCUGGGGGCACGUUAGCCGCAGCAGCUCUCUGGAUGGGCUCAGCCAGGAACUAGGCUCCCAUCUCUUACAGACGUUAGAUGGCUUCAUUUUUGUGGUUGCUCCUGAUGGGAAAAUCAUGUACAUAUCAGAAACAGCGUCAGUGCACUUGGGCCUGUCACAGGUAGAGUUGACAGGAAACAGCAUCUACGAGUACAUCCACCCAGCAGACCACGAUGAAAUGAUAGCUGUCCUCACAGCGCACCAGCCUUACCACUCCCACUUUGUUCAAGAAUAUGAGAUGGAGCGCUCCUUCUUUCUCAGAAUGAAGUGUGUCCUUGCUAAAAGAAAUGCUGGUCUUACCUGUGGAGGCUACAAGGUGAUCCACUGCAGCGGCUACCUGAAAAUUCGACAGUACAGCCUCGACAUGUCUCCGUUUGACGGCUGCUAUCAGAACAUCGGGCUGGUGGCUGUCGGUCAUUCGCUCCCGCCGAGCGCCAUCACUGAGAUCAAACUGCACAGCAACAUGUUUAUGUUCAGAGCCAGUCUGGACAUGAAGCUCAUCUUCCUCGACUCACGGGUUGCAGAGCUGACAGGCUUUGAGCCUCAGGAUCUAAUCGAGAAAACUCUCUAUCAUCACGUCCACAGCUGUGACUGCUUCCACCUGCGCUGUGCUCAUCAUUUGUUGCUGGUCAAAGGUCAGGUCACUACAAAGUACUACCGUUUCUUGGCCAAGCAUGGCGGCUGGGUCUGGGUGCAGAGUUAUGCAACCAUCGUCCACAACAGCCGCUCAUCCAGACCUCACUGCAUUGUCAGCGUCAACUAUGUUCUCACGGAGACAGAAUAUAAAGGCCUCCAGCUUUCUCUGGACCAGGCCACAUCCAAGGCCUCUUUUCCCUACAGCAGCACGAGCAGCCUCACAGACAACUGCAGAACUCCCAAGAGCCGAGCAUCACGGCCCAAGAGCAAAGCCAGGCUCUCGCCAUAUACACAGUAUUCCAGCUUCCAGACGGAGCGUUCCGAAUCCGGCCAGGACAGUCCGUGGGGCAGCAGUCCGCUCACAGACUCGGCCUCCCCUCGACUGUUGGAGCAGACUGAAGGCGUGGAUGCCUCCUGUGUUUACAGGCAAUUCUCUGAUCCUCGCACACUUUGCUACAACAUGUCUGAAGACCAGAUCACCAGCCACAUCCACAUCCACGGUCAGGGUCAGAGCUGUGAGCGGGGUCGGUGCGAGGCAGGCCGAUAUUUUCUAGGAGCUCCUCCACCAGGCAGGGAGACGUGGUGGGACACCGCCCGCUCCAUCAUACCCCUGAGCAAGAGCUCGUUGGAGAACUACGAAGACUACGACGGCAGCGUGCCACACAUCACAGCUGUGCACUCCCACCACGGCAGGGGCUGGGAUGAGGAUAGCGUGGUCAGCUCACCAGACGGAGGCUCAGCCAGUGACUCAGGGGACCGCUACCGAGCCGACCGCUAUCGCUGCAGUCCACAGGAGCCCAGCAAGAUUGAGACGUUGAUCCGAGCCACGCAGCAGAUGAUCAAGGAAGAAGAAAGUCGCCUGCAGUUACGCAAAGGCCCCACACCUGAGGCCUCACUAGGGCCAGCAAACGGACUGCCCAAGGGCCCUGGGUCGUGCUUUACGCCCGAGUAUACUCAAGGGCCUCUGCCUUUACAGACCAUGUUGUGUCGAGGUUUAAGUCAGGUAAUCAGCCCCACGCCUAGCCCCGCUCCCCAAUCUAAGCUCAACAGUCCAGGUUCAGAGUGUCUCCAUAAGCCCAAAGACUACCUCCAGACAGAACUGCCCCCCCUUUCUUUGCAGUUACAUCCUUUUGGUCGUGCAGGGGCAUGCUCAGGCUCCCCAACACCAGCUCCGGCCCUCUAUCCCUCCCACACACACCCGCGGCCCUACCUGGACAAGCAUCCAGCAUAUUCCCUGACCGGCUACACUCUGGAGCACCUGUAUGACCCAGAGAGCCUCCGGGGGUACUGCACCUCCACCAGCACCGGCUCCACCCCCUACGAUCACUUCCGCAUACCAGCAGAGCAGACCACUGGGCGUAAAGGCACAUCUGUAAUUAUUACUAAUGGAAGCUAACAGUUCUGACACACAGUCUGUUUAGCUUCUCCACAGGAGAGACUCACUUUCACCUGCAUCUGUUUUUUCACCGUACCAAUGAAUUCCCAGAGAAAGUUCAUUUGGCUGCUUCUAAAAUGUCCGAUUUGAAACAGGAAGCUCUCUGUGCCCGUGGCUCUGCUGGGUAUGUCUGUUUGUUGAAACUUGGAGACUUUGAUAAAUAAGUUGCUUUUCUCUGGUUCAAAAUCAGAAUUAGAAAGAACAGAGUUAUGAUUCAAACUGGGAGCAGUUCAUGUGUUUUGUUAGGGGUAGUGAGUUUGAUUAAACCCACUCGAGUAUCACACAUAUUUACACACGGCCUUAUAAUCGACUAUGGAUCGAUUUUAUGUCAUUUAAAUGCAGCUCUUCACUCGGUUUCACAAACAAACCGAGUGGGCCUGUAAUCUACGUCUGUUUCCAUUUGAAGGCCUUUAAGUCAAAACUAGAACUCGAUAGAAAACGGAUGGAUUUCCUUUUGGUUUAGCAUCAGAUCCUGUGUCAGUUUCACUCGUCCACAUGGUGAUGUGUCUCUAUCAGAGACAGAACUGAUGUUCUUUUUUUUUUAUACACACUGUUGGUGAAGACGCAUGACAGGCUUAGGUUGGGUUGGACAUGGAGCAAAGAAAGAAGAAACCAGCUUUAUUGGUCACAUACACAACCAUACAGAGUACAACAUGCAGUGAAACGUCCGAGCUGCAGACGUAGCCGCGCUGUUCGGCAUGGGGGGGGCCUAGCCAGGACCCUUACUGGAUACUGGGAGGGAAUCAAACUUGUGACUUCGGCUCCAAAGGUGUGUGGUCUUACCACUACACUAUCCAGCUGACAUGAAGGUUGGUCCCGAAAUGAGAGCGAUCACCUGAAAUUUCACAAACUAAUAUGCAAAGCCAUUCUCUGGUUUCUCUCUGUGUUCACGGUCAUGUUGACUUCUGUCGUCUAGUGAGAACGAUACACACUGAAUACACUUUUGGAAAUAUUUGAUUGGCUGACACAGGAUCAUAUUUGCAUAGCAUCACAGUAAAAUGAGCGGAUGAGGUUUUGUGCUGCUGUUUAGCAAACUCUAAGGUUGGACUGAGUGCGUGCACAGAACAUAUGAAGUUUCAUUUCCAUGACGUUUCCACUAAUCAUGAGUGACUGCAGGGCGAUUGGUGCUCGUGACCAUAUGCAAAACGUUGGUGUGCCAGGUCAGUUAGCUAAAUUGCUUCAUUCUUCAUCUCUAAAGCAACUGUUGUUGCAAUUAUACAUAUUUGCACAACAAGACUGGAGUUUGGUUAUUGCUGAUGAACCUAUA